UUUUUCGCAGGUCAGAGACAUGGGCAAAUUUACGGCGACCGAAAAUGACUAGCAGCGAAGUUCAAAAUUUUUUGGAGACGAUCGAAAUUUUUUUGGGACCCAUUGCCAUAAAUAAAGUUCUCUACAUACUGUGGUCAGCAGGGUGAGGAAACGGUAUACAGGGCCCUGGAGGGAGGAAACAUUUCGCGGUGCCGUGUCAGUGAUAACUGAUAAGGGCAUAAUCGCAUGUACGGCUCUCGGGGGGCCGGUUUUGUACUAGUGCUGUAGAUCUCGACGUUAGGUGGCAGCAGUAUGCAUGCAAGUGGCACGGGCGUUUCCCUCAUGCUGAAAUCUGAUUGGCUGAAUAGGGCAUUCGGCUUGUUUGGAUCGUUUGGGUCGGUUCGGUGUUGUGAAAGUGUGCAACAAUGGCGCGGUGUACCGAACAUAAGAGGGCGGGUCGUGUUGCGCUGAUUUGUUUGUAGUAUACAGAGUUUCCAAAUAAAUUUAUUAUUUUUCAUCGACUCUGAGAAGUGUUGGUGUAGUUUCACUGACUAUCGCGCAUUUAUUUCAAGUCCUGUGCGGUGCAUAUUUGUGUGCGUGGGGUGACAGCGAUAUUUUAUAAAAUAGAAUCGACCUUACGCCAUUUGGCUGGGAUCUUCAGUGAAACGCCAUGGGUACAUCCCAGGCAAAUAAAGAAAAUGAAAAAAGCUCACCUGAAAAGGGGAAAUCGUACAAGAAGUGCUGUCUUGCCCGUGUCACACUUUUGGAUGGCACUCUCCUGGAAUGCCAAGUUGAGAAAAAGGCCAACGGCCAGGAGCUGUUCGACAAGGUGGCCGCCCACCUGGAGCUCCUGGAGAAGGACUACUUUGGCCUCCUCUUCACGGACCCGCAUGACCCCAGAAACUGGCUCCAGCUCGACAAGAGCAUAAAGAAACAGCUCAAAAACGAGCCAUGGGAGUUUCGGUUCGCGGUCAAGUUCUACCCGAUGGACCCCGGUCAGCUGGCCGAGGACAUCACGCGCUACCAGCUCUGUCUACAGAUCCGGAACGACAUCGUCACCGGAAAGCUGCCGUGCUCGUUCGUCACGCACGCGCUGCUCGGAUCGUACAUGGUUCAGUCGGAGCUGGGCGACUACGACCCGGCCGAGCACGGCGAUACCUACCUGUCCGGCUUCAAAAUGGCGCCCAACCAGACCCCGGAGCUCGAGGAGAAGGUGGCGCAACUCCACAAGACGCUCAGGGGCCAGACUCCUGCCGAGGCCGAGAUGCAUUACCUGGAGAACGCCAAGAAGCUGGCCAUGUACGGCGUCGACCUGCACCCGGCCAAAGACUCGGAGGGUAUUGAUAUCAUGCUGGGUAUCUGCGCCUCGGGUCUGCUCGUCUACAGAGACAAACUGAGGAUCAACCGGUUCGCCUGGCCCAAAAUCCUCAAGAUCUCAUACAAGCGGAACAACUUCUUCGUGAAGAUUCGCCCGGGAGAAUUCGAGCGUCACCUGACUACCAUCGGCUUCAAGCUGACCAACCACAGAAAAGCCAAAAAGCUGUGGAAAACAUGCGUGGAAAAUCACACAUUCUUCAGGCUGAUGUCUCCGGAGCCGCCGGAGCGGGACCACCACCUGCCGCGGCUCGGAUCCAAGUUCCGCUACUCGGGACGUACCCAGUACCAGACCCGCAUGCAGGCCUCCCAGGCCGACCGGCCUUCGCCCCAGUUCCGGAGAGCGCUCAGCGGCCGCGCCGUCUCCAGUCGCAGCAUGGACCCUCUGAACACGAGUGGCGGCAGCAUGGCUCGUGACGCCGCCCGUAACACGGACCCCAAGAGGCAUACGAUGACGGCGCCGCCUAAGGAGAUCCCCGGACUGGACGGCUCGCCGGCGGACGCCACUGCUGCCGGCGCCGGCGGAGACAGGACCAAGGAGCGGGGCGGCCUGCACUGGGGCCGUCUGUCCGGCUCGGAUCUCUCGCUGACAGACAGCGAGGCCUCCUACUCCAUGGAAGGUCUCGACUGGCGGCGAGGCUCUGAGGGUACCGCGGUGCGCCGGGCCCGUCGAGCCCGCUCCGCUUCUCCCCACGGACUGGUGCACGAGGCAGAGCUGGCCUCCUUCCGACAGACGCCCGGUCAUAGGGGCGUACUGGUGCGCCGCGGUUCAGUGCCACUGGCCGCCGAGGAACGCUGGGACGACCCGCUGCUGGGGAGUGUCAGAGAUUUGACACGCGCCGUCAGCGGCCUGCUGGAUGUCGCCGCUGGAGGAGGAAAGACUGACCCCAGUGGCAGCGAUAUGCCCCGAGAUCCACCGCCGCUUCUGCCGAGUGUUAGAGAUGUGACACAUGCUGUCAGCGGCCUGCUGGAUGUGGCGGCUGGCGGGAGAACGGCUGAUCCCAGUGGAAGCGACAUGCUCCGAGACGCGCCUCCGCUUCUGCCGCCCAAGCAUGGACGGUCGCAGGAUCCUGACCAGACACCACCACGGCCUCCUAAGCAGGGAGCCGGUGGAGCCCCGCCACGGCCGCCGAAGCAAACCGGCCAGGAGACGGACACGCCGCCACUGCCGCCCAAACACGCCACCGCGAACGGCUCUCUGAGUUUUACCGGAACGCAGGGAGCACUGUCGCCCGAUUACUCCAAUGUAAUGUCUGCUGGAUGGUCAGAUCGAGCGGCGCCUGAAACCAUCAGACACUCCCAGAGAAGUCUUCCUAAUAUGGACCGGCGGUCCAGCCGUCCGGGUAGCUCAACAGGACGCCGUGAAAGGUCUCCAGAUCUUCCCUCCCACUACACCGCUAUGGGUCCUCCAAUGACGCGUCAGCCGGUUUCUUCAGAGAAGUUUCAGUCGUCUCGCCCCUCGCGGCCGCCUCCGCCGGUCCCUGAGCCGUCGAACGGGGCUCGACAGCCGACAGACGGCGAUCCCCGUGGUUUCUCCAUGGUGACUAGUGGAGCUCCUUCGUCGCCGGCCGUGGCCGAAGGCUACGAUCGUCGACACAUGCAGCCGGUCGGCCGCCGUCGCCGCGCUAGAGACUACGCGCCGGCCCAUGUGCCCAUACCGGCCACCGGUGGUAUGUCUCUUAGUAGUGGCCGGCGCCGGCGCCGCCUGAGCGCCAGUUCUGUCGGCUCCAGUCUGGGCAGCGUGGAGGUGCCCACCGGCCGCUCCCGUCGCCGACGUCUCAGCGGCUCAUCUCUGGCCUCUGACGUCUAUGUGGAGGUGGCCACCGGGCGGCGGCGCAACCUGAGCGGAGGUGGCUCCUUCGGGUCGGACCUGGCUCUCGAAGUGGCUACGGGUCGCCGUCGCCGCCGGCUGAGUGCCUCCUCUGUGGCCUCCGAGCUGGGCAGCGUCUCGGUGCCGGCCGGCCGGCGGCGGCGGCGUCGUCUUAGCGGCUCGUCUCUGGCGGGGAUGUCCGGAGGGGUGACCGUGGCCACCGGCCGCAGACGGAGACUCAGCGGCUCGGUGGGAUCAGACCUCGGGGUGGAGAUCUCCACCGGCCGCCGCCGCAGACCGAGACGGUUCGGCGGCUCGAUGGGUAACCUGCCCGCCGCCAGCCGAGACGCAGACGCCGACGAUCAGAUCUGGUUCGGGGCCCAGCCGGCGCGCUCCCGACAGAACUCCGUCGGGUCGCUGGCUGCACGGAACCACGGCAGCAACACCGGAGGGAGAGGCAGCGGCUCGGUCAACAAGACGGCGCCCAGCGGACGGCGUUCCAGCCGGAAGACCGACAGUGAUGCGGAUUGGGAUGAUGAGCGGAGACACUCAGCCGGGGAGAUUGUCAAAAAGAGCAAGCCGCGGCUCUCCAAGCUGUGGAAAUCCAGAGAUAAGCUGCACGAGAAAAGCACUGAUCGGCUGGAAAGGAGCACCGAGCGGCUGGAAAGAAGUAGCGAGCCAGUGUCGGAUCUUCCGAGGCCGGCUGAGUCGGGACCAUUCAAAGGUAAAUCUAAGUCACUCUUCUCCAGGUUUGACGUUUUCCCGAAGCCACCACCAAAGCAGGCCCGAGAAGAGACCUCGCGUAGAGUCGCGGACCCCGUGUUUGUGAUGAGAGCAACACAAGAAAAGCGUAGUUUCGGCAACCGUAUCAAAGGGAAAGUGCUAGGUCUGACUCCUCAGAAGAAGCGCGGUGACUGGGAGAUGACCGGUCCUGCGGGAAGUCCCAGAACCGUGCGGGCGGAUCGACCGAUGGACGACGGGCCGGCAGUGGAAGCUGCCUCACUGAUGGUGCAGGGACGCCAACGAGGGUCGUACUCAUCCUCAUGGGGUGAAUCUGACGACCUGCAGGGGACCGGCGCAGACCUGUACCAGAACAGGGCCAUGAGAGCGGCCCCCGAGCCGCCGCCACCCCUGCUGAGGCCGCGUAGAGAAGCAACCUUCCAGUCUUCUCCGAAUAUCACUCCACUGACUGCCUCCGGACAGCGACACGACGAGACACUGACCACAGAUUCGGCGGGGUUUGAGGACGGAAUGGAGUCGAAGUGGGACGAGACACUGGACAGUGACAAGCAGAAUCCACACGGAGUGGAGGUUGCUAAGGGACUAUAUUUUGCCGGAACAGAGGACAGUGAGGGGCUGAGACAGAACGGGACCGAAAAUGGCGUGGGACCAAGGCGAGACGGGGAAGAAGAUUCAAUGGGACAAAGACGGGAUAUGGAUGAGAACAGCGUAGGACCCAGACAGAAUGGGGCAAAUGAUGGUAGGGGACUGCGCCGGGAUGGGACAGUGGAUGGCGAGAGACCAAGACGAGAUGACGCAGAGGACGACAUCAGACAGAGGAGGGACGGAAAAGAGAACGGUGUCAGUCUGAACCGGCAUGGGACAGAAGGAAGUAUGGGGAGAAGGGAUGGGACACGAGAUAGUCUGGAGAGGAAAAGGGACGGGACUGAGGACAGUAUUAGACGGAGGCUGUUGGAUCGUAGGGAGGACGGUGUAGGACAGAUCAAGGACCGCACAGUUGUUAUGGAACUGCGACAGGGCAGGGCAGAUGAUGGUAUGGGGUCAAGAUGGAAGGGUAUGGACGAUGGUUUGGGACCAAGACGGGAUGGGGCAGAAUACGGCUUGGGGCGGGGACAGGACCGGGGAGGACGGGGCCAGACAUCGCCCCAGGGUAGUAUCAAUCGGAAACGAGAUGGAAUGAGGGACGGUGUGGGACCGAUAGGGGACGGAACAGAGGACGGCAUGAGACGGAAACGGGAAGGAACAGAGGAUAGUAUGGGACGAAGACAAACCGGGACCGAGAACGCUGUCGGACAAAGACAGGGCGAGGCAGAGAAUGUCGUCAAACUGAGACGUCACCGAACAGACGACUCAAUGCGGAGCCGGAACGGUACCGAGGAUGGCCUCCCUGCGGCGGGGUCGGGCUCCGACACAGCCGCCAGCGAGGGGCUCAGCCGGCGGGAUAAGCGCCGCAAGAGCUGGCACGUGUUCGGCCGAAAGGCGGCCGUCGACACUGACAACCAGCCGUCGGAUUCCGGGGAGGCCGAUGUCAGUGCCGAGAACGCUGCCGUCAGGGCCGGUAGGCGUCGGAGCUUGUUUGGCAAACACAUGUUCAAAGGUGACGACGAGUCAGCGAGCGAGGAUCUGGCGUCGGACUCGAGACGUGACCAUGAUACGAGCCGGGACAGUAGGUUCUCGACAGAGGGAGCGCAUAACACCACCAGCAGUAUAGAUGACAGGACCGGCAAAAGAAACACAUCCUGGAAGAGCCCGAAAUUCCUUCGGAAGAAGUCCCGCCCCGACAGCGAUCGAAGGGAUCCUCAGUCGGUUCCUCAGUCGGCACCGGUCGCGGCCGGCCAACUGGGCGAUAGCUCACCGUCCGUAGAAGCCGAGGAGAACGUGUACUGUUCGGUACGCGGUGGCGGCCGGCGGGGCCUGCGUGCCGUUGUAGAGCCGGAGUACCCUCGACGGCGCGCGAGUCGCGAGCUGCCUCCCCCGCCGUCCGACUCGCCCCUGCGCUCGGCCGCCGGUCUUCCACUGCCGCCGCCACCCCUACACGAGGAUGCCACCGUGGUGCGUAACCCGUAUGCUCGGGACACCGACUCGGACCCCGACCAGGAGCACUACUCGCGUCCCAGUGAGCACACCUACUACUACCCUGCACUGCGCGGCCGCCGCGACUCGCCGGCAGCUGCGGGACGGGGGUCUGCCGAACCACCGCCUCCUCCGCCACCGCUGCCGCAGGACAACCGCGGUCCAUACUGGAGAUUCGACGCAGCCGGUGAGCGCGCAUCAGUUUCGUCCAUGGACUCUUACACAGUCCCGCUGCCCUUGCCGAGUGAGCCUCCGCCGCCACCAGUCCUGUCUGAUAUCGUCAGUAUCGGUAUAGAGGAGAAAGGCGCGGAUGGAUCCGAGACCCAUCAGACACCUCUGCUACGACGAGCCGACCGGCGGAGUCUGGAGUCUGAUAUCUCGGGAAGGGACCGGCGAUCUACGCCAUACAGUAGCAUGAACAGCGGUAGAGGGUCCGCCGAAAGGACCACGCCGUCUGUAAAUGGCUGGGGGACGAGCGCAGACGCCAGGCAGGGAAGACCCACUUCGGAUCACCAGCCUUGGCGAGGAGAGCGAAUACACGACCAGGGCCAAGACCACUACUCCCAUCCCCGCGGCCACCCGUUCGCGUUCGCUGGCGACAAUGUACGGUUUGGUGUUCACGUUAACCACGAUAUGGACACUGAUGAGGCGGCGCACGUCUGUGAGGAAACCACUGCGUUCGUCUCUCAUUUCUCGGGAAGAGACCCGCGUCCGCCGCCAGGAAGCUGGGACCGUCGGCAACAGCGCUGGGAUGGCUCGGGUCCGCGCCGCGCGCGGCCCGCCCAUACCCUCUCACCGGAGGAUAGCUGGUAUGGCUGGGACUGGCACAGGAACCCCGCCGCCUGGCCGGCGGGUAGUCCUGCCGGAUGGCCGGCUGGCAGCCCUGCUGGCUGGCCGGCCGGUAGUCCCGCUGGCUGGCCAGCAGGCAGCCCUGCUGGCUGGUCACCCGGCAGUCCCGCCGGCUGGCCGGCCGCUCCGCCGCAUAUCUACGGCAAUCAGGACCAGUGGCCGCAUCUGUACAGCAAUGAGGACGAAUGGAGCCGCUACCCUCCCGGCUGGAGCCACACGCCGCCGAGGACGCCGGCCCAGGAGCGGGCUGCCGUGUACGCGAACGCUGCACCGCCGCUGCCGCCGCGUACUCACCGAAUGCAGCGUCACAGUCGGCCGCCGGCGCCGCUGCCCGAUGACGAGAGGCCGAUCGGCGGCGUAGCCGUGCUGCCCCCAAUGGACCUCUCCAAGACACGGAAGGACGGCGAAACCAACGGAGACACGACACCACCGCGCGGGGGAAUCCCGCUCAGCGCCGACCUUGCUGCCUCGGCCGUCAGCUACGAUCGCGAGCCGGGUCGACCGGGCUCGGGCGGCCCCCGGCCCGGCCAGCCGGCCGCCGGCGUAAGGCUGGGAGCUUACGACAAAGAGCCCGGGAGACUGGGAGCCUCCCCGUCACCCGGUCCGGGAGGUGGCAGACUGGGCUCGUAUGAUCGCGAGCCAGGCAGGCUCGGUUCGAACGCCUCCACGCCAGCGUCGACCGCUGCCGGUGCGCGGCUAGGCUCAUACGACCGUGAGCCGGGCCGACUGGGCUCCAACGCAUCCCCUGCCCCGCGGCAGGGCUCGUUCAGAGGAGAGUCGAACGGCGGCACCGGUCUGGGUACCUAUGACCGCGAGCCGGGCCGGCUGGGCUCGGCCGCCUCCCCUGUCGGCGGCGCGAGGCUCGGCUCCUACGACAAGGAGCCCGGCCGGCUGGGCGGCGGUGGCGGCGCGGCGGGUGCCGGUCGUCUGGGCGGCUCCCCUGCGGCCGCUACUGUCGGCGGGGUGCAGCUCGGAUCACCAGGCUCGGCGUUUGGCCGGUACGAGCGAGAACCCGGCCGUCUCGGUGGCUCCGGCUCCGGUUCUGGCCCCGGGUCAGGCUCCGGCGCUGGCUCCGGCCCCGGCUCCGGUGCAAAAGGUUCAUUCCUUGCAGGCGGCGGCGGCCCGGCUGGCGGUCACACCCGUGAGUACACCUACCAAGAGGGCGACCCAGCCGUACGGAAAUCUCUACCGCCCUCGCAGCUAGGCUUCAGCUACAGUGGCGGCGCUAGUGGCGAGCAGGGCGGGAAGGACGAGCUCAACACGUCCAUCUCCCCGUCCACCAAACGGGCCAUGGCGUUCAACUACGCGCCCCAGCCCGGCGAGGGUCAGACGGGCUCGGCGGCGGCGGGUCAGUCAGCGGAGGCCGCAGGAGCUACCCCCGGCUCAGGCGGCGCGCACAAGGAUACCCCGGCGGGAGCUGCCGGAGCUGCUGCUUCAGGCGCUAACGCUGCCGCGCACGCCACCUCUCCGGGUUCCGCCGGAGUUACCAGCGACUCUGAUGCCGCCGCGCACAAGGCAGACAAGGCAGCCAAGUCGGCGAAAAAGCCCAAAUCUGGUGGAAUCUUCGCUCGCUUCGGUAAGAAGAAGACAUCCGAGAGCGAAUCGGAAACACCACACGAUAAAGUCAAAGACAAGUCGAAAGGUAAGGAUGCCGGAAAGGACAAGUCGGGUAAGGAUAAGAAGAAGGGAGGCCGGUUCGGUAAGAAGGGUAGCAGCGACCCGGCGGCUGUGCCGGGCGCCGCCGACCUGGACAGCACAUUGGAAUCAGAGGAGGUGGCAGAGCUCACCGGUACCGCUGCCAGCGGCAAGAAGAAGACGGGCUCCAAGAAGGACGCCAAGUCCGGCUCCAAGGACAAGAAAAAGAAGAAGAAAAAGAAGGGCGAGUCUUCCUCGAGUUCUUCCUCAUCCUCUUCGUCCUCGUCUUCCUCCUCAUCAAGCGACUCGGAGCUGGAGGGGUACGCCAACGACCUCCGUCCCGAUACGGACGAGCGCAUCGCGCGACUGCGGGCCGCCGCCGGCGCGCCCAACAUCGUCAAAACCACCACCAAAAAGACGAUGGUGAAGAACGCGGCCGGCACUACGGAGGAGACGGUGCGUGCCGUACAGGACCUGGCCACCGGGGAGGUGACCGUCGACCAGUCGGUCAGCAAGCAGGAGGGCUCGGACGCCAACGCGCCGCACGUGAUGGCGACUACAGUGACCACGCGCACCGCCCAGAUGCACGAGGACAAAAACCAGCCCGAUGAGAGCUGGGGGCAGGUAAAGGAGAAGACGUUCGCUGCCACGACCACCACCAGCGCCACCCACCAGGAGCAGACGGUGCUCACUCAGGAGGUGCAGAAGACGCGCAAACUCAUCAGCGGCGGCGACGGCGACAGCGGCGCCAGCCGGCCGCCCAGCAACGCCCUGGCGGCGUCGGGCGGUGGUGCUCAGCCGUCGUCACCGGCUCGUCGCCGCCACUCGGUCUCGUCGACGGCCAGUGACGACUCGGGCACCAAUCUGGACGCCGGAGAAGAGUAUACGGUCAACGAGUGGCAGACGGAGAGCUCCUCUUCUGACCCGAUCGUGCGCACCGAGGCGGUCAAGUACGCUCCGCCGGGCGCCGGCGCGGGCAGUCCGGCGCGGGCCACUACCAACGUGCCAGUGGUCGCCACCGAGAGCAGGAAGGUGUCUGUUCAAGGCGACAAUUACGAGGCGGAGGGAGAGAUUGUGAGCAGUCAGACGGUGACCAGCCGCCAGCGGACUGUCGAGACCGUCACGUACAAGACUGAGAAGGACGGCGUGGUGGAGACGCGGGUGGAACAGAAGAUCACCAUCCAGUCGGACGGCGACCCGAUCGACCACGACGCCGCGCUGCGAGAGGCCAUCCAGGAGGCCACCGACAUGAACCCCGACAUGACUGUGGAGAAGAUAGAGAUUCAGCAGCAGAGCACCAACCCGCCCGCCUCCUAGGCGGGCGGCACGCUGGUGCCCCAGUGUCGGCCGGUUCCACGCGCCCCGUUCGCCACCCGCCGGACGUCGGCUGCCCGCCUGUCGCCCGCCGCUCGCCUCCCAGCCCCGGCCGUCUCCAGCGCCGGAGCCGAGGCGGCGGCGGCGAUCGUGUUCCGUCGCGUCGCUUUGUGUACCGCUGAGCGCUGGCGUACCGCCGCCACGCCGCCGCCGCGGCUGCUUGGCCGGUGCCGGGACGCGCCGCCGCCCGCCGCGCCGUCACCCGAGCACCGUCACCGGCCCAGCCCGCAGCCGCAAAUCCGUUCUGUAUUGGUUGAGCCAGCCUGGCAGCUUGUUGUGUUGGAGGAAUAUUUUGUAAGUUCACGUUUACUUGGCAGCUCACCACUGUGGCACCGCAUCGCAGCGAAUAUACCUAGCCCAUCUCGAGCGCAUGCUUUAUGCCGCAACGGCUUCGGCGAGACCCAAAUGUCUUAGCUGUUCCAGAUUUGUGUAGGAACUUUGACGCCAAUAUUGUUACAUACCGGACGUUAGAUUAAUCAUCGUUUUCUUUUUUACGCAUAAUACGAGAUGGCGCCGUGUACCUAGUUAUUCAUUUAUCAAUAAAUAUGGACUACGUAAAUUUUAAGGCUGUAUUUUUCGGCGUCCAGCCUGUGUGACGUCCGCUGGCCGCGAGGAUGGUGGGAAUCACUGACGAGCUGAGUCUGAACGGUGCACCGAAUCUUGCGAGCAGUUAUAGCCAAACGCGGCCAUGUUUUGAAAUUUAUGCUUAGUUUGUUGUGCAGAAAUAAGUAUCCUGAAGCUAUGUCGGGAAAGAAAUGUGUUUUACGGAACAAAGGCAACACAUUGUAUUGAAUUGACGAAAAGAAUCGAUACUCUGCGCUAUUUUGAAAGUGUAUUUUUUGUUAAGAUUUUAAAUAUAUGUACUUUGUCGCGCCUAUAA